CAUACCUACCGGGCACUUCCUGCUUUCGAUAUGUAUUCGUUUUCAUUUCUUUUUUUGCGAGUGGACGUAGCGUGGCACCUCGCUGUCAUGUGUUAAUGAUUUCGUUUCAUGUUCCCGACACGGUCUGUGGGUCUUACGGACCGAACACAACGACUUUGGCUUCAUGUUCGGCUCAAAGGAAGAGUCAUCUCUCCGGACCCUCCUGCCAGAACAUUGCUUGGACUUAAUUAAGAACCGCGGUUUUAUUUGUUUACAUGUGGACUAUUUCUGUCGUUUUGUUUUCUUUGUUAAAUUCAGCGGCGGCGGCAGCAGCAGUAGUGAGGGACGGUGCGUGGUGGAGAGGAAUGAAUGAGAGGAUAUGUGUGCCCCCCAGCUGAAAACCUCUGUCGCCUUGACCUGUGCGUCUCAUCAGUCCCUCAGCGAGUAUGUAUCGCAGGAACGGACUCUCAGAUGACACCAGCAUCAAUUCAGUCACUUCAGAGGCGAGCAGCAGCUCAGAUUCUUUGGAUGGACCUCGUGUAGACUACGCCAAGAGCUAUGACGCCGUCAUCUUUGACGUACUGAAGGUGACGCCGGAGGAGUUUGCUAGCCAAAUCACUCUAAUGGAUGCACCAGUCUUCAGGGCAAUACAACCAGAGGAGCUGGCCAGCUGUGGCUGGAAUGGGAAAGAGAAGCACAGUUUGGCCCCCAAUAUUGUCGCAAUCACGCGUCGAUUCAACCAGGUGAGCUUUUGGCUGGUGAGGGAAAUCUUAACGGCCCAGACACUGAAAAUCCGUGCAGGGAUAUUGAGCCAUUUCAUUAAAAUAGCCAAGAAACUGUUGGAGUUGAACAAUCUUCAUUCCCUUGUGUCAGUGGUGUCAGCUCUGCAGAGCGCUCCCAUCUUCAGACUCAGCAAAACCUGGGCUCUCAUCAGUCGGAAAGACAAGGCCACGUUUGAGAAACUAAACUAUUUGACAUCCAAGGAGGACAACUACACUCACAUGAGGGAACAUACCCGCUCCCUGAAGAUGGUGCCCUGUAUUCCGUACCUUGGGAUAUACCUGUUGGAUAUGAUCUACAUUGAUUCAGCAUAUCCUGCGUCGGACAGCAUCAUGGAGACACAGCAGCGGACUAAUCAGAUGAACAAUCUUCUGAGAGUCCUCUCCGACCUACAGAUGUCGUGUAACUAUGAUCAUCUUGUGAUGCUGCCACAUGUCCAGAAAUACCUGUUGUCUGUUCGCUACAUAGAGGAACUCCAGAAGUUUGUUGAGGACGACAACUUCAAGCUGUCUCUGAAGAUUGAACCGGGCAACAGUUCCCCUCGCAUUGCUUCUUCUAAAGAGGACUUGGCUGGUCUGUCUGAGGUAUCAGCCUCUCUCAGAUAUAACCGGAGGCCUACCUGUCCUGACGCAUCUGUGGGGGUCCAUAUCCCCAGUCCUCCGUCCUCCCACCACAGGAAGAGCCAUAGUCUGGGAAACAAUAUGAUGUGUCAGUACGGCAUGUCGGAGAGCAGGAGUGCGACAUUUCCUAUCAAAGCGCGACACUUGCUGGACGACAGCUUCUUAGAGUCUCAGAGUCCUGUCAGAAUAGAUCCACACAGUACAUCUGUGUCUAACGGGCUGUCAUUAGCAAGCAGUGAAAGCUCUUUUUCGGAGGAACUAUCCGCUAAAAUGGAGAGGGGCCGCAUGUACGCAACACUGGGCCCCAACUGGAAGGUCCCAACUCACGACUCCCCCCGGAGCUACGGCUAUGUGUACAGCUUCUCUGCUGCCAACUCCUUCUAUGGCUGCAGUGAGGCCGACAAUGUGGUCAUGGAAGGACCGCUACGAAGGAAAGCAAUGCUUAAGGAAGGACGGAAACCCAAGUUGUCAUCAUGGACCAGGUUUUGGAUAACUCUGUCAGGAUCAACCCUGACCUUUUAUGGGGCAAAAGCACUGAGAGCUUCUGAAAGGAAACAUUAUAAAUCCAAACCCUGUAAGAAGAUGUGUGUGACUGGAUGGAUAGUCGUGCUGCCAGAUGACCCAGCCAGACCCAACAUCUUCCACCUCAAUGACCCAGACAAAGGUAACAUUUACAAGUUCCAGACAGGAUCCAGGUUUUCAGCCAUCAUCUGGCACAAAAACCUGGAAGAGGCUUGUAGGAGCAGAAGACCUCAGAUACCAGCAAACCUUAUGUCAUUUGAAUGACACAAUGUCCUUUGAAUACGGACCCUGUGAAGCAUUGUGUGUAGAUGAAAUGGGAGCAUGAAGAAGUAUCUGAAGAAGCUCCGAUACUGGAUGUGCCACUGUACAGAACACGUGUAAUAUACAUUUCCGCAAACACCUAAGAAGACUUGGUGAGGCUGUCGUUCUCUUUCUUUCUCUAAGCUUCUUGUUCAGUGACUUUGUUCGACUGCUAUAAAGAAGUGAAGAAGCAUAUGACAAACAUGGACAACAGUGUUUGUUGACUGAUACUGAUGUUAAGUUUACACAGCAGCAGUUGUUCCACUGCCUUCAGGUGGAGCUCUGUUUUUCUAAAGUGAAAGUAAGAAGACACUUGUUGAUUCGUGAAACUGCAAUCGCAAAAAAACAACUGAGAAAACUGGAAGAAAAGCUUCUUUUCUUUUUUUU